UUGAUUUGAUACAAAAUAAUUACGUUUCUCUUUGACGUCACAAUUGCGUGACUUCACUUGUCCAAAGUCGCAGUCGCAAUACAGCCUGAAAAAUCUUUGUUCUGUCGCAGACUCGCAAGUGUCUGUCUAGCCAUUUCGCUCACCAGAAUGUCUGUGAACGAGGAGCGCACUGUGACCGUACAGGACAUUCUGGAAGAUGAGGAGCUGCAAGAGGCGUAUGCUGUGUUGGCUGGAAGUGAUCCAGAUAAUUGUUCCUAUCCCCAGGGAUAUGUGAAGAGACAGGCUGUUUUUGCCUGCAACACUUGCACACCCAGAGGGGUAGAACCUGCUGGGCUCUGCCUUGCCUGCACCAACCAUUGCCAUGAUGGGCAUGACAUAUUUGAGCUCUACACAAAAAGGAAUUUCCGCUGUGAUUGUGGAAACAGCAAGUUUGGCGUGUUUAGGUGCCAGCUGAGUCCUGGCAAAGACCGACAAAACGCAAAAAAUCAUUAUAAUCACAACUUCCAUGGCUGUUAUUGUACCUGUGACAGACCUUACCCAGACACUGAAGAUCAGGUUAAUGAGGAUAUGAUUCAGUGCAUCAUCUGUGAGGACUGGUAUCAUCCCAGGCACCUGGGUUGUACGGUAGAAGACUCUGAGGAGCUGCAGGAGAUGGUGUGUGAGACCUGCAUGAACAAAGCCCCCUUCCUCUGGACAUACUCCACCCACAUUGCAGAACCUCCUGUGGUCAAAGUGAGCCCCUGUAAAGGGGAGGUUGAAGUCAACAAGGAGGAAGAUAAGGAGCCAGAGGACAAGAGGAGUGAUGAGCCCUGUAAGAACGGGGGCGAGGGGUCCUCUACCAGCCCCAGCUGUCAAGAGAAGAAUGAGGCUACGAAUGGGAGGACUGCCUGCAAACGGACUCACCAGGAGAUGACAGGCCUUCCUGUGAAGAGCCAGGACAAGACUGUGUAUUGCAGGCUGAGGGAGCUGAAGACGCAGGGCCUGGAGAGAGCUAGGGAAGGGGCUGUGUUCUGGCCUUACCAUUGGAGAGCCACGCUGUGCACCUGCGUCAGCUGCAAGAGGGCCUACGUCGAUGCGGGAGUGCAGUUCCUGCUGGAUGAGUCAGACACUGUCCUGGCCUAUGAGAACAGAGGCACUGUAGAGCAAGGACCUGCUAGUCUUGACAGUAUGCUCAUGUCAAGCCUGAGUACUCUGGACCGCGUGCAGCAACUGGAGAUUGUUUACCAGUUCAAUGAGAUGCAGACUGAACUGAUGACGUUCCUACGGCAGAUAGCUGAUGAAGGAAAGGUUGUCACAGCAGAGGCCAUCCACCAGUUCUUUGGGGAGCUGAUGUCCAGGAAGAGGCGGCAAAUGAACAGCUGAUGUCAUUCUGCCCCUCAAUGGCGUUGUCUACUUGUUUUUUAAUGUUACUUUGGGUUCAUAGCAAAACAGUUCGAUGUCCCUCAAACGCCUUCUGCUUUAAAUAAAAGAUGCUGUUGCUGAGGUUUGAAGUUGAACAUUUUGCUAAAAGGUUCUUGAAUGGGUCUCCAUGAAUUCUUAUGAGAAACUAAAUGACAGUUAGCAUGCUGGGAGAGAUGCUAAUCAUGGAAAUUAAGUCUAAGUUGUCGUUAGACUUUCAUUAUGUGACACCUGACUAUGCACUGCCAUUCAUAUUGAAGCGUGACAAUUUGAUGGUGUCACUGGUAUUAAAUGAAACAGUUCAUUCA